AGGGGAGGCCCAGAUCUCACACGUGCCGCGAGAAUAAUUCUCGCACGUGGUAACACACCUUUCAGCUCUUCGUUGCUCGCCUCUCGAACCCCCCAAACUUCGUCGCACAAAUCACCUUCCGAUUUCCUCCGGCACCUAAUUUAUAUAGAGAGAAGCAGCGGAGAUAUAAUCACAUAACACACGUUGUUUCUUUGGUUCCGCAUUACUCAUCGAUUGGUCAUGUAUCGUUCCGCAGCUUCGAGAAUUAGAACCCUAAAGAGCCGUGCAGGCAAUAGGACAGGCAAUAGGACGCUUGCCAGGUUUUCAAGCUCAAGUGCUGUUGCAGCCAAGUCAUCAUCAGGGGGUCUUUUUAGCUUAUUUACAGGAGGAAGUGGUUCAUCAUCUCCUCCUUUAGACUUUCCCCUUAAGGGCAUUGAACUCCCACCUUCUUUACCUGAUCAUGUUGAACAGGGAAACACAAAGAUAACUACUCUCUCAAAUGGAAUCAAAAUCGCCUCAGAAACUUCACCAAACCCUGCUGCAUCUAUUGGCUUGUAUGUUAACAGUGGCUCAAUCUAUGAAACACCAGCUUCAUAUGGAGCCACACAUGUUCUUGAACGCAUGGCUUUCAAAAGCACACUUAAUAGGAGCCACUUGCGUGUUGUGCGUGAAGUGGAAGCAAUUGGUGGAAAUGUGACAGCUUCUGCUUCAAGGGAACAAAUGGGUUACUCAUAUGAUGCUUUGAGGAGUUAUGUUCCUCAAAUGGUGGAGCUACUUGUUGACUCUGUAAGAAAUCAAGCUUUCUUGGAUUGGGAGGUCAAAGAACAGAUUGAGAAGGUGAAGGCUGAGAUUGGUGAAUAUGGCAACAAUCCUGAGGCGUUGUUGUUGGAAGCUAUUCAUUCAGCUGGAUAUGCUGGUGGACUUGGGAAUCCUCUUCUUGCUUCAGAAGGCUUAAUCAACAGAAUAAACAGUACAGUUUUGGAGGAUUUUGUAGCUGCAAACUAUACAGCUCCUCGAAUGGUACUUGCUGCAUCAGGAGUUGAACACGAGGAACUGUUGAAAUAUGCAGAGCCUCUUCUCUCUGAUUUGCCAGGUGGCACUCAGGUUGAGGAGCCGAAAUCAGUGUAUGUUGGUGGUGAUCACCGUGUUAUGGCUGACACAGGGAGAACUAGUUUUGCUCUUGCAUUUGAACUUCCUGGUGGCUGGCUUAAGGAGAAGGAAGCCAUGACCUUGUCAGUUCUUCAGAUGCUAAUGGGAGGAGGUGGAUCUUUUUCAGCUGGUGGUCCUGGAAAAGGGAUGUACUCGCGUCUUUAUCUUAGAGUAUUGAAUGAAUACCCCGAGAUUCAAUCGUUUUCAGCAUUCAACUCUAUCUAUAACCACACUGCCUUAUUUGGAAUCCAAGCUACCACAAGUUCUGAUUUUGUAUCGAAAGCCGUUGAUAUAGCAGUGAAAGAACUCAUUGCAGUUGCCACCAACGGAGAAGUCAACCAAGUACAGCUGGAGCGUGCAAAGCAGUCAACCAAGUCUGCUAUUCUGAUGAACCUUGAAUCAAGAAUGGUUGCUUCAGAAGAUAUUGGCAGACAAGUAUUGACCUAUGGAGAAAGGAAACCUGUGGAGCAUUUUCUGAAAGCUGUGGAUCAAGUAUCAGCCAAUGACAUCACUUCCAUUGCAAAAAAGCUUCUUUCUUCCCCUCUCACCAUGGCUUCUCAUGGGAAUGUUAUAAAUGUACCCACCUAUGACUCGAUCAGUAGCAAAUUCCAUUAAUGUGCCAAAAUCGGCUUCUUCACCUUGUGAAUCUUUUGAGGUAUAAAUAUGGAUGGAUUGCAACCAUAUUUACAGAUGCCUUUCGCCUUAUGAAAUAAUAAGUUAAGGCAACCAUCAAUUUUUUAAAAAGCUUGAUAUGUAUUAUUACAUGUAAUUUUUUUGGAGUUUUUGAAUGGGCUAUAUAUAUAUCCCUUGUUUCAAAUAACGAAUGUAUCACGAAAGAACUAAAACAAGUUGCGAUCAA